AUGGAUCAGAAGACUGAAAAGGCUUUACUUGAAUAGUAGAAUUAAUUACUAGAGUUAUAGUUAUAAGAAUUAAAGGAGAGAGAAGAUGGUUACAAAAUAUUUAAUGAAACUAUUCUAAAUGCUUAUAAUUCAAUGCAAAAUGAUGUUAAUAAAUAGAAUGUAAAGUUAAAGUCCUAUACUUGUAGAGUUUAGUGUAUAAACAAUUAUAGCAGACUUUAGAAUAAUAUUCUCAAGAGUUGAUAGAAUCUAAAAAUAGAAAUACUACUGUUUUAUCCUCAUUAGAAAAGGAGAAUAGAUACUUAAAAAACUAUUUAGAAUAGUUAGAACUUAAGAUAUAACAAUAAGCUUAAGUUUAAGAAAAUGAACUUAUUGAUUUGGAAUAAUAAAUAGAUGCUCUAUAAUAACAAUAAGAGAGUAGUGUUAUUGUGAAACCUAAAAAAAAGAAACCAUAAUAAGAUAAAGAAAAUAAUAAACCAGAUUAAGGAAGUGGAGGUUG